AUGCAGGUGACAUUCUGUAGGCUUCGGACUCACCAGUGGUGCUUCAUUUUAUUUAAUGUCAUCUUGUUUCAUGCUCUGCUCUUUGGAGCUGACUUUGUGGAAGAAUACUUUCUGCAGUCAUUACCAUACGUAGAUGUGAGAGUUCUUGAGAUCAAGGACAAAGCCAGAAAAUUAAACAUGGAGCCCUUAAGAUAUAACCUCUCAAAAUUUUAUAUCUUGAGCCAGGAGGAGGCAUGCAAGGGAGAAGAUAUCUUUUUACUCUCUCUUAUCUUCAGCAAUCCGGGAAAUGGAUCGAGGAGAGAUUUGAUAAGAAAAACCUGGGCUAACGUGACUACUAUACGGGGACAUCAUAUCCUCACAUUAUUUGCUUUAGGAAUGCCAGAUCUGGGAACCUCUCAGCAAGACAUCAACAUGGAGUCUAAUAAAUACAGAGAUAUUAUUGAAGGAUUCUUCCUGGACAGUUCUGGGAACCAAACACUAAAGACUGUCAUGAUGAUGCAGUGGGCUUUAACUUUCUGCCCAAAUGCCAUGUUCAUCCUUAAGGUCAAUGAGGAGAUGUUUGUCAAUCUCCCUAGCCUGGUAGACUACCUCCUCAAUUUGAAAAACCACCUUGAAGAUAUCUAUGUGGGAAGGGUCAUCCAUCAAGAUAUGCCCAACAGAGAUCCUCAAAGCCAGAAUUUUGUGCCAGUUAGUGAAUAUCCAGAAAAGUACUACCCUGAUUACUGCAGUGGAGAGGCCUUUAUCGUGUCCCAGGAUGUGGCCCGUAUGAUGUAUGUGGUUUUCAAGGAAGUACCUUUGGCAAUACCUGCUGAUGUUUUCAUAGGAAUCUGCGCCAAAUACGCUGGCCUCAUACCCAUCCACAGUUCACGGUUUUCUGGGGAGAAGCACAUUAGGUAUAAUCGAUGCUGCUAUAAGUUCAUCUUCACAUCCUCAGAAAUGACAAGUGAAGAAAUGCCACUUGAGUGGAGGGAAGUUAAUGAUGGAAAAGAAUGCACCUUGCUUGAAACCUAUUAUGGGUUGGUCUCCUGCAAACUUCUAACUUAUCUUGAUAGCUUUAAACACUUUAAUAUAGCACCUAUAAAAAAUGAUGCAAUGUAUUUUGCUAAUUAAGAUUUCAUUUUCCUGCAGAGAAGCAUAUAUUUUGCUUUACAAUUUGCUUUUCACUUAUUAUAGUAAACAUUCUUCCCUUUGUAUUUUCCCCAAAAGGCUUAGCUACAAAAGCCUUUGCAAUUGUAUAUUUAGG